UUUUUUUUUUCUUUCUUUUAUUAUUGUACUCUUUUAUUUAUUUAACUUAUAAUAAGAAUGAAACUUUUUGGUAUUGUUUGUGCUGCCCUUAUUAGCGUUUCUUCUGCUUUACCCCUUGCUGAUCCCUCUACUCUUCCUUUUUAUAUUACUGCUCCUCUUAAUGGUACUGUCUAUAGAACAGGAACAUCCGCCAUUACAAAGUGGCGUAAUGGUCUUGAUGGUCCUUUCAAAAUCUAUGUCCUUCAAGGAUCAAAUCCAGAAUUGAUGCAAAAUACUGGUGUUGAGUUAACUGCUAAUGGUAAAGCAGGAGACUAUUCAUGGACUGUACCUGAAAGUUUUACUGAAGGAACUUAUGCAUUCCAAUAUGUCUAUAAUAUUGGAGGUGUUAGUGGAGAAUCCUUUUCUCCUCAAUUCCAAAUUAGUGCUGCAUCUGUUUAAAACACUCUACAGAGAAUCAAACACAUGCUUAUUACCUUUUUCCUCCUUUAUUUUAUUUUAUUUUAUUUUAUUUUAUUUUAUUUUAUUUUAUUUUAUUUUAUUUU